ACUUAUCUGCCAUUUUGUAUCUCCACAGUCAGGUCAGACGAUGUUGGUUGUCGUCGAGAAGAGACGCGGAUUUGCUUAAAUUUACAUCAUUUUUAUUAUACCUUGAGUUUAAAUAUGGUAUAGUAGGUCUCAUUUGAAUAGGAACUAGUAACUUCUAUCGGUUUGGAGCUGAUUUGUUUGUUCAACGUGUCAGAAUUCAUCUUGUUUACCUUUUGCUUUAGCAGGAGCGCUAACGUUAACGACGUUAGCAGAGUCUGUCGCUAGCCGGCUAGCUUAGCUAGCGAACAAACGUCCAGCGUUAGCUUUCUAACGCUAACAUUACACUGUGGCGAAAUGGCGGCCAACACGGCACAAGCAACCCCGACAACCAACUGGGCUUAUGGGGGUUCUGGAGAUGCCCAGGUUCACGAAAACCCAGAAUGGGAGAAAGCAAGACAAGCACUAGCAUCCAUUAACAAGAAUCAGAGCUCUGCUAAGUCUGCGCAAGCCAACCGAACCACAGCAGAGGCUGGUCAGUUUCAACCAGCCGUGUCUGACUCUUCUGCCGUUCAGCAGCAGCAGCAGUACUAUCCUUGGUAUCAGCAGACUCAGCAGCAUUACCCAGGAUAUACAUACCCCUACAACUACUACUACCCAAUGAGUCCAUAUGGAGGUGCAUAUCCACCAAAUCAGUAUGGUGUGCCACCAGGGCCUUACCCGGGACCUCCAACAUCUAAUGGACAGCCUCCCCCAGUGCCAGGAAUGGAAGACCAAUCUCCUACCUAUCCCGCUCAACCACAGCCCCCUCCCCCUGCAACACCCCAACCACCCCAGAGCCCCACCACAUCAGAUAAACCACCUCCACCCCCAUCAAUUCCUCCCCCACCCAACUCCCAGUACCCCCCUCCCCCUUCUCCAAAUUCUUACAAUGCCAAUAACUCUAUGCCAUACCCACCCAGUGACCCCAACCAAAUGCAAAUGUACAAUCAUUCCCAGGGAAGGCCUAACUAUGGACAGGGCUUUCAGGCCCAGAACAACUAUCAGCCCUCUCAGAAUAACCCACAGCACCAGCAGCAGCAACAACAGCCUGGCCAGUACCUACCAGGAAUUGGCAGAGGAGAGGCCAACAAAAACAAAAACCAAAAACAAGGACAGCAACUGUGGCACCGCAUGAAACAGGCACCUGGGACAGCUUCUGUGAAGUUUAAUAUUCCCAAAAGGCCGUAUCAGGUGCAGUGUGCUCCAGUUUCCAACCAGACUUUCCCUCCAGGCGAGCAGCCCUCAGGGUUAAACCCAAGUCCUUCUUCCCCAGCUAGUGCUACUGGUGCACCCCAAGGUGCUCAAACACGGCCCCAGGACUGGCCCCAAGCCAUGAAGGAAUACGUGCAGCGCUGCUUUACAGCCUGUGAGACAGAGGAAGACAAAGAUCGCACUGAAAAAUUGCUGAAAGAAGUUCUGCAGGACAGGUUAAAAGACGGCUCUGCUUACACUAUUGACUGGACUCGUGAGCCAUUGCCAGAAAUUAAAGUUAAACAGUCUCGUUGGGAAGCAGUUCAACCCCAGAGGGCUUCAGACGGCUCCAUUAGUCGUGGUGGAAGUACAGCUGCUGCAGCUUCAAGAGGCAGGGGCGGUGGACAUAGACUAGGCCAUUACAGAAAUAUAUUUUCUCAAAGGAGUCCAUCUUCUAGUUCCUCUCGCUCUUCCUCUCGCUCCCCAUCCCCUUCCCACGGCAGACACAGGGACAGAAGCACCCAAAGGCAUCGACGCAGUGAUUCUGGCUCACAGUCAGACAGCAGCAUCUCUAGUGACCUCAGACCUCAGCUGUCAAGACGAAACCAGAGAGGAGCCCGUGGUCGUGGUAAUGACAGAGACAGAGGGCGUGGAGGUGGAGAGAGAGGGAGAGGAAGAGGAGGAAAGGCCAACAGAGGAAGAAGGAACAUGGAAGACGCCAGUGCAGCUGUUGGAAAGAAGCGGAAAGGUGGCAAUGCAGGGCUUGAUUUCCAUGAUCCCAACAGAGAAGCUAAGAAGCAGAGCCGAGCAGCACGUUUCCACAAACAACUUCGCUCAGAACCCCUGGUUCUCUCCGUUCACACCCUGGAACUGCCUGAUGGAACUCAGGAGGGCUUCAGCUGGGAGGACUGCCCCAUCGUAGGAACAUGCCAGGACAUCACCAAGCCCUACCUAAGGCUCACCUGUGCCCCAGACCCCUCUACUGUUCGCCCUGUGCAGGUCCUGAGAAAAUCUCUGCAGGCUGUGAAGGCCCAUUGGAAAACCCACCAGGACUAUACCCAUGCUUGCGAACAGAUGAAGUCCAUACGACAGGACCUCACGGUCCAAGGAGUUCGUACAGACUUCACAGUGGAAGUGUACGAGUGUCAUGCACGCAUUGCUCUGGAAAAGGGAGACCAUGAGGAGUUUAACCAAUGCCAGACCCAGCUGAAGGCUCUAUAUAAGGACAACCCCUCAGAGAACAUCGGAGAGUUUACAGCAUAUAGGUUGCUGUAUUACAUCUUCACAAAAAACUCUGGAGAUCUGACCACUGAGUUGGUUUAUUUAACCCCGACACUGCGAGCAGAUCCAUGUGUGGCUCAUGCACUUGCACUCCGUGCUGCCUGGGCUUUAGGAAACUAUCGCAGAUUCUUUAAGCUGUAUCUGGAUGCCCCCCGCAUGGCUUCAUACCUCAUUGACAAGUUUGUAGAGCGGGAAAGAAAGAAUGCACUUAGGGCCAUUGUCAAAUCGUUCAGGCCCGACGUAUCGGUGCAGUAUGUGCAGACCACUCUGGGUUUCCCUUGUUUAGACUCCUGUAUGAGCUUUCUUACUGGCCUAGGUGUCACCUUUACCCCAUCUGACCCCAAAAAGAUAGACUGCAAAACCAGCACAGCUUCUCUAGCUGCUUCAUGAGGGGUGGGGUUGGGGGUUAGUAGCAUCAAGGGAGGGAUCUUUACAUACACAGUGCACUCUACUUGAGACAACUGAGCCAGUCCAGAGUAGGUGGCAAUCAUAGGCUAUGAAAAGACCUAGAGAUAGUUGCUACAUUACUCUACUGCAAGAGUCCUAUUUCAGAAAGCCAUUUUGAAACUUAGACAGCUGCUUUAAACAUGAGCCUGCACAUACUGGCACACAAACAGUCAGAUUCCCAUCAUAUCUAACUAUAUUUACAACAACAGAAAAGUGAGGGAAUUUAUAUUGCAGAUAAUGAUGCAGUGUCAGCACUUAGAGGCCAAGAAGUCACAGAAGCAGAUCAGGGAGGCUCUCUCUCUCGUCAUGGUUCCUGUUCCUUUAGCACCAUCAGAUUUCAAAGCUAACGGUGUUCUGUCAUGUUUUUUCCUUCCUCAAGUCAACAGCUUCAAGAUCUGAAGACUCAAGCAUUGUCCUGCAAAAGGGAAAUUCAUAGAAAAGGCAUUCCUCAAGUGGUUUAUCCAGCUGUCUCCAUUGUGAAGCGAAGCAAUCAGAGUCAGGUCAUCGUAACAAUUCCUCAAAGAGACUGAGACAAAAAGGUGAGAAGAUGCCUGCAGUUUCUGGAAGAAAGCUGAGUGGUUUGUAUGUCCUGCCCUGCACCCUAGUUCCUGAAGGUUUCUAAAGUUGGCUCGUUCAUCCUGUUCCUCGUCCCGGAUUUUACUGCCUUUCAAGCAAUGAACUAUAAGUCUUAAGCUGUUUCCCUGAUUCAGUUCAUAAGAACUUUUUUGCUUGUCUUCAAACAUGAAAUGGUUGGCCAGCAUUCUAGAAAGUGUCCGUCUGUUGAGCAAUGACUUUUUAUGAUAAAGGAUACAGGCAGGUGAUUCCCUCUUGCCUCCAAGCCCUCUACACUGAGCUCAGUCUGCAGAUUACAAGCAUCCCGAGGCUGAGGAAGCCUGCCUCCAUCAUCCUCAGGUAGAAGUUCUGCCAGCAACUGGAAUCCAGCACCUGUUCAUCGCAACUAUCGUUUUUCCAUGAUGGCCGUCUUUUCCUCAUCAGCUGUAAUUCUAAAGGAAGCGUGAAGAUGAGCUGGAGGUGAAAGCUGCUGGUUGGAGCUUCAUCGUGAAACCUGCUGCUUCAAGGAGAAUCAUCGAGUGGUUUGUAUGCUACACACAGCUCUGUGUCUGCAAGGCUGGUAAGAGAAAGGGACUUCUCCAGAAGAGGUGGAUUACUGAACAACAGAGGUGUUUUCUCGCAUUUCUUAAGAAUUGUUUUGUCCUAUGUUUAGUGCUCUGCAGUAUUGGCGUUUCUCUCACAAAAUAAGGAAUAAUGGAGUCCAAAAGCAGAUUACAGAGAUUGGACAGAUGAAUUAAGUAUCAUUACAAUUGGACAGUGUUCUUCAAUGCCAAAAUUGAGUCAGAAAUGUUUCUGCACAGGUUCAUGCUGCUGAUUAUUUAAGUGUUUGAUUCAGAACAUCGUUUUUUAUACAGAUAUAGACACUGAUAUAAUAAAGAUGGCGAUUAAUAAAGAGACCAGUGCUUUUAUAUCCAUGUAUCCAAAGUCAAUUUUCUAAAAUGCAGGUGAAGUUGUACUUAACAGAAGCUAUAAAGCCUUAAAUAGAAAUUUUUCUUGAAAUGGCAUUGGGGUUAUAGAGUAGCAAGUUUCUCUCAUGAUUGUCCAUUUAUCCUCAGGUUGUGCUUUUAAGGACCUACAUAUGUAUUGCUUGGAUAAUUUUAUGGUAAAUUACAAAACUUAAAAAACAUGUAUAAAAUGGUGCGCCAGCUAAAAACAGGUACACUUUUUACCACCAACACCUGCAGCACUGACCUUGAUUUAACAUCAGUUUGUUCCCAUUUAUUAAAUAACUGCUUAAACCCAGGAUGGCAUUGUAAUUCCCACUAGCUUUAUUUAAUCUGAAAAGUAUUAAAUACCCUAUAUACACAGGACUGAAAAUGAUGGAGGAAGGCUUGCUGUACAAUCAAAAUGUUUACUUGUCUAUUUAGUAUAUUUUUUGUAAAUAUUGUAUUAUAUUGCUGUUAUUUCUUUUCAAACUGUGCACAUAGUUUUUUUGUUCACACAUGGGUAAGUGUGAUUUUUUUUUUUAAUUUAGUCUUUUUUGUAGAACAUUUGUGUGGAUUUGUAAACUUGACUGGAGGAUGUAGUGCUGGAGUUGAUAAUUGCUAGUUUCUCCCAGUAAAGCCUGAAAUCUUUAAGAAAGACCUUUGAAUCAAAUUGUGGCCUCUGGUCAUCUCUAUUAAUAGUCAUGUAACAUUUGAUUUUGAGUAUUGAUACCUCAAGCAAAAACCUGCUAUGUGUUGCAGUUUAUUGUUGGCAGAUGGUUCCACGUAAAGCUUGUAAACAUUUGGUGAAGAAUGAGGUGUAAAUUGCAAAACGGGAGCGAUGUAAACGUCUUCUGUGAAACGAAAUUCUUCCGUCAGGCUAAUAUGCCUUUCUAAAUCUGGAUUAUAGAUUUAUUUUCCAAACUGUUCAUUGUUGACAUUUCAUUUUCUAAUGGCAAUGAUCUCAUUGAUCUUUUCUUUUUCCCUCUUUCAUUUACCUCACCCCUGUCCUCGCCGAUUCUUCCCCCUCCGUCCCCCACACCUUCCUCUCACACCACCAAACUUCUCAUCCUUCAGCUCGUUGUACUGCUGCAUUGCAGGAAAACAGAGGAGUGAUAAGUGGGCGAACAACCACCUCCAUACACCAGCCGAGGAGAGUGAAUUGUGAGCAAUCCAAGUCUUGCUUUGACCCACUGAAGUUGAAGCCAUACAGCUGAUCAUACAUAGGAGCCUCAUUUAAUGAAAUGUGGAAAUCUUUUGCUGCUAACAUAAAUAAUGAAUUUUCCUGUGCAACCUUGUAUUUGUUUAGUUUUUAAACAAUGUGGACAAAGUUACAUGUGCUAUCUUCUGUUUGUCCAGAUGCAUUUCAUCUUCCUUCACUUAUUGGUUCACUGGUAAAUUUUCUAGUGUAGUUUCUUGUAUUUGGUUUUGAUAAUUAAAUUUUUGUUAAGAUCUCGCUAGACUAGCAGACCUCGGAGAGCUUUCUUAAGAGGGUUUUAUUUGAAAGUGUCCGGACAUGCAGAAGAUGUUAUCCUUGAAAUUCUUCAUUUAUACCUUCAUUUAAUAGUUUUCUUUAUGUGCAGUGUUUUUUUAGGCUAACUUUUUUUCUCUCUGUUGGUGUGUGCUCCCAGGCUGAAAAGUUGCUCUUUGGUUUCUUCUAAUGUAUUGAGCUUCACUGAUAUUUGUGUAACAGUAAAAUAUUUCACUCAUUUUAAAGUGUGUACAUCAGAUGUCUCAGGUUUUCAGCAUUGAUUAAGUCCAGAAUGUGUGCUUUGUUUAAUUUUUUUUCUCUUAAGUAGAAAAAUUCACCCGUUAGGAUGUCUAACUACACAUUUUUAGUUUGGAUGCUGUGUGUUGUUUCCCUCCAAUGCUUGAUUCAUUUUUUUCAGAUGUUUUUUUGCUCCCAUGUUCCUGUUUCAUCAGUCUUUGUAACUCCUUACUGUUCGACACUAGAGCAACUCCCACAUUCCUCGCUUUUAACUUGUCUUCAUUUUUUUCUCUUUUCUCCAAUUUCCCCUCCCUGCAUGCUUCCCUCUCCUGUUCUCUCCAAACCUCUUUCAGUAUUUCUCCUCUCAUCAUCUUUUCCUUUAAUCUUGAAUAUGUUUGUGACUGUUUGCCUUCAGUGCAGCUAGUCACAAUCACUAGUAAGUAUUGUAUUUCCUCUGCGAAGCUUCAGAAGUUUAUGUUGCAGCUCACUAACAACUAAAGCUGAAGGUUUACCUUCAAAGCGUCAACUCCAUCCCCACCCCCACUCCUAAACAGAUGUGACAUGAAAAACUGCCAUUUUGUAAAUAUUGUGUACAUUUGGAAGAUAUCUAAUAAAAUUCAAGUAUGAUAAGCA